GGCACCGAGUCGUCUGGCAAGACUGCGGGCACCGAGUCGUCUGGCAAGACUGCGGGCACCGAGUCGUCUGGCAAGACUGCGGGCACCGAGUCAACUGGCGGAACAGCGGGCACCGAGUCGUCUGGCAAGACAGUGGGCUCCGAGUCAACAGGCACGACAGUGGGCACCGGGUCAUCAGGUAUCGGAUUGUCUGGCUCGACAGCGGGCAUCGGGUCACCAGGCAUCAGGUCAUUUGGCUUGCCAGCGGGCACCGCGUCAUCUGGCAAGGCAGUGGGCACCGGGUCACCAGGUAUGACAGCGGGCUCUGAGUCAAUUGGCACGACAGCGGGCACUGGAUCAGGUACCGGAUCAUCUGGAUCAACAGCGGGCAUCGAGUCAACUGGC